GCCACACGGCGAGCGGGUGCAAAGCGACCGGACCCCCAGCUGCAGCUGAAUCUGAAUAAUUUCUGUCUGAGAGGAGCGACUGAACGACCAUGGGACGGACCCAGCGGCCCCCGGCCGGACAGCACCGGCACUGCCAGAACUGCUACAACAAGCGCUGCAACGCACCCAUCGAUACGGGCGUGUCCUGCGUGGUGAUCAGCUGUAGACUGCACUGCGGUGCCACCUUCCACAUGUGCAAAGAGGAGGAACACCGCCUCCUGUGCCCCAACGAGUGGGUGCCCUGCCUGAACUCUGGCUUUGGCUGCCCAUUCUCCAUGUCCCGAUCCAAGCAGGCAAAGCACCUGAAGGUCUGUCCAGCCAGCGUGGUCUGCUGCUCCAUGGACUGGAACCGCUGGCCGACCAUCGACAAAGACCAGACGCUUUAUAAGAAUCUCCUGCAGGAGGAGGCCGGAGAAGAAAGUCUGGACGUGGCCCUAACGUUGAGAGACCAGAAGGUUCUCUUCAGCUCCCUAAAAAUGGCUGAACUUUAUCCAGAGCUCUCAGAGGACCCAAAAGACACCAUCACCUCAGGUCUGUCCGAGCUGGAGCAGGACAACGGUGCAGUAGGUGGGUCCGAUCCUGAGAAUGUGGGAGAUGUAGAUCCAAGCAAUGGUGAGAUGGUGGGACUGACUCAGUAUGAGCGAGAAGCCUUGGCUCGAGGACAGGGCGACUUGGAUUUAGACAAAUUCAAAAUGUGGGACACUAUAUUUAGCAAAGAGAUGAAAGCAGCCGAAUGUCUUCAGACCGGCGCGGGGCAGAAUGGCAGCAAGAAGACCUCUGACACGAGCAAACCACUCAUCAACUCGCCCAAAGUGGAUGAAGAGAAAAAACAAGAACCAGACGGAGGCAAAAUACAAGAAGAAGCCGCAAAACUGGAGAUGGAGAGGACGGGGUUUGCUCCUUGGCAAGAGGGCGUUCUAGAAAGACUGAAGGCUGAGGUGGACUGUGGAAGCUACAACAUGUACCUGGUCCACCACGGCAGCAUGCUGAUACGGUUUGGACAGAUGUCUGCCUGCACCCCAAAAGAGAAGGACUUUGUCUACGGCAAGCUGGAAGCCCAAACUGUGAAGACCGUUUACACCUUCAAAGUACCAACGAGCUACUGUGGCCGGAGGGCCAAGCUAGCAGAUGAUAGCCACAAGAAAGAGAAAGCUCAGAAGCUGGUGGACACCUCUGACCUUGGUGUCCCGGUCGACAACUUGCCACUGACUGAUGCCAUUUACACUACUUUGCUAGUGGCCCUUGAGAAGGAGCUGAGGGGUCACAGCGUGUCUCAGAUGAAGGCCCUUGAUGGUUUGUUCAUUGACCUAGGAACCCAGACCUAUGACUUUGGAGCAGAUCCUUUCACCAACAAGUCAGUUUUGUUAGAUCUUCUAGCUGAGAAGGACAUGAGGUGUCUAGGUCUGCACUUGGACAUAGAAGAUCAAUGUGUGAGCAGCAGACACAACAAGUCCAACUCCUCCUUUACCUUCUCCUGUGAACUCUUCUUCCGCCGGGACGAGUUUGCAUCACAUUUUAGGAAUGUCCACUCUGACAUACAGUCCUGCCUGGGUGGCUGGUUCCAGCAGCGUUGCCCGCUUUCUUACUUGGGAUGCACCUUUGUACAGAGCAGAUUUCGGGCUGCGUGUUCAAGGUCACAGGUCAUCUACAGCAAGAACAUGAAGACGUUUGCAAUAAAACCUCUGGUAGAUCAUACUUUAUAUGAAGGUGUAGGACCCAAUCUAUCGAGGAGCCAACGAGGGAAGAGCAAGGACUCCCUGAGCAACCUGCCACUGGAGGUCCUCCAACAUAUCGCUAGGUUCCUGGACAGCUUCAGCCUGUGUCAGCUCUCGCAGGUCUCCUCACUCAUGAGAGAUGUCUGUGCGUCGUUAUUACAGGAGCGGGGGAUGGUCCACCUGAAGUGGGAGAAGAAGACUUAUUCACAUGGUGGAAGUUCAUGGAGAUGUCGAAAGAAGUUCUGGAAUUUCAGCAGCCUCUUCUCCCCAGUGCGGCAGUGGACGCUCGAUGACAUCUCCUCCAUGUCUGAACAUCUGAAGGUGUGCCCCUUUAACACCCUGGAGGUGAAGAAGGAUCGGUUCCAGCUCCCCAGUCUGUGCAGCCCUGAGAAGGAGCAGAAGAAGCAGAGUCUACUCAGCUUCAGGAGGAGGCUGUGACCAUGAACACAGGCCACACCCCCACUUCAAGGGGCGGAGCUUCAGAAAGACAUCCGCUAGGGAUACAGCAGCACCAACCCUCAACCUCCACUGCAAGAAGCGUGGCAUAAGAAAGUCCGCUGUAACGCCUCUUGCACACGACCGUAUGGCUUUUUCAGUAUUUUGCGGUCCGCAAAAAACGGAUACGCAAAAAAUACGGAUGACGUCUGUGUGCAUUCAGUUUUUUGCGGAACGGAACAGC